UGAGGAAACGACGUAUAUGUGAAAUCACUCUGCAACAACAAACUUAAUAUAUGUUCUGAUUAAUUUAAACAACGUUAAGUUCAAAUGUGUAGUUUCGUGAGGUCGUCGUAAUUUUGGUUUAAUUAAUUUCACACAGGCUCUAAGAAUGCAGCGUUUAGCUAUAUCUAAGGCGAGGUGCUUCUUUGUAACGCCACUGCCUAGCGGACUUUAGCUAGCUCGCUAGCUAGCACGACAAACUUAUUUGCGAGCAAAAAUUAUUAUAAACUAACGUUCAGUUCGGUAUGUCAUUAAAUUAUGGAUCCGAAGCACAAAGAAAUUCUUCGAGCGCACAGACUGCAACUUUCCGAGCAACUUAUAGUCGAUGACACGAUUAUUCAAUAUCUGUAUCAAGAGGACAUCUUAACACAGAGCCAAGUUGAGGAAAUUCAGUCAGAAACAUCUAACAAAAACAAGACUUUGAGGCUACUUUAUAUCCUUCCCAGUCGUGGCCCUAAUGCUUUCAACGUGUUUCUGAAAUCACUAGAACAAGACUUUCCCUGGAUAAAAGAAAAACUGAUGCUUUUAUUAGCUGAAGGGAGCGCAUCUCUUUCGGACCCUGCUCAGUGGAGUGUUCCCCCGCACCUUCUCCACCUGGCUCCUUCCCAUCAGCAGCUGAACAAGCUGGCCUCUUGUCUCGGCUCAGAGUGGGAGAUGGUGCUGAUGGACUUGGAUCUGUCACCGGGGGAGAUCUACCGUUGCCGUGCUGACCACCCACUCAGUGUUCAGAGCCAAGUGCUGGCAGGACUGGUGAUGUGGAAGCAGUUGCAAGGCAGGAGGGCCACUGUGCAGCGCCUGCUCCAGAGUCUGCAGGCUGCAGAAGUCCAUCCAUCUGUCCUCAACCAGGUGUUCUUCUGAUGCUUGAGGAGAGAGUCCAGCCUCCUGCUCUGCUGGUGAAAUCACUUAAUCCCCAAACAACAGCAUGCCAGCAGAGAUGAACAGACAAACAUGCUGUAUACCAUGUUGGGGAUCUUUAGGCAUGUUAACAGCAGUGUAGGAGAUGGUCAGUUUGGGAGCUUUUCUGGUUACUUAGCAUAUUAGAGUCCAAGCUCUAUCAAAGCAGCCACUGUAUGGACUAAAAGUAUUGCUAGUGUUGCUACUUCGAAUCUAGUCACUGAAGCAGGAUUAACUUACAUUGUCUCAAUUCCAUUUAUAGAAUUUUUUCGGAUUACAAAAUAAUUAUUUGUUGGAAAGGUUUUAAAACUUGAACUGAAAAUGACUGACUCAUUCAUUAGUCAAUGGUUUGUAUGGAAAAAUACCAUUUCUUUUACAGCUUAAGGAAACAUGUUUUGAAAUUCUGAAUUUUAUUCCCAGAUUGUCUUUGUUGAUUGCUGUCAGUGUUUGCAUUUACAUGUCCACUCUUUAUGCUUUUUAAAAUAUUCUGUUUUUUUUUCUUUUUUUUUUGUUUUUUGUUUUUUUUCCCCUGUGGAGCCCUACUGAGGUAUGAGAUAAAAUGAUAAAAUGUACCUUGUAUUGUGUUUGUGUUCAAAAUAAUUUCAGGGUCAAAUACUGUCAAACUCUUGUUAUUAACAAACAGUUGUCCAUCAGUGGGGCUUGCCACUGAGAGCAUCAUAAAAUGUGUCUUUUAAGGGAUGGAUGCCCAAUGGCAUGCAGCCAGUAGCCAAAGUUUACUUUGGGACACCAAAAAUGUGGGUGUUUUGGAUGCACUGAAACCAGCUGUAGGUCAAGGUGACUUGCUCUUGUUAGUUGUGAUUAAGACCUUUAGCACUCAGCAGUGAUAGACUUGGAAACAGGUACAUAGUGUCAGGCUGUGUUCUACAGAUAAUAAGGAAAUCACAUAUGUCUUAUAUGUACAGGGAGUAACUACAGUGAGGUUUAGAUUAUUUGUGUCCAAUAAAUUUGGUGAUAUGUCUAGCAAAGCCCAUAAAAAAAAAAUGGUGAUCUUUACCAAAGCCCAUCAACCAGGAAAAUAAAGCACACUGGGUUGUUUUUCUGA